CCUGCAUAGUAAUCAUAUUGAAACCGAGGAUAAAUCAAUUAAUAACCUUGAAAAAAAAGUUGACCUCGAAAAAACCGGUAGUAUAGAUAACAAUUCGCCAACUGUGGUAAAAUCCGAUGAUGCUCAAAGACUCAAAAAUUUGGGCAUUCAAAUUGCCGUUGCCUUGGCUCUUCACAAUUUUCCGGAAGGAUUAUCCACUUUUGCGGCCGCCAUUGCGAAUGCUAAAAUCGGAGUUAUAUAUGCAGUCGCACUUUCCUUACAUAAAAUCCCGGAAG